AUGAGCCACGAUCUCGGUUCGAAACUUAUCUUAAGAGACAAAAGCUUGAUGAUACGAUCGUUAAAAUCUAUCCUCGAUGGUUGGGGUGGUUUGAUCAUGAACUGGGAUCAAUUCGGUACUCAUUUUUUUGCUUUGAAUUUUUCAGUAACUUUUUGUGAUAUUGUUUGGCAUGAGAUCGAACGGAAACGUCGCAUCAAUCAACAGUCGAAGACCAAUAAAUUAGUGUAUGAUAGUAUCACACAUACACGAGUGCAUCUCGCUCGGUUCAAAUGGCAGCUUUGUUAUACACUAGUUCGUAAUGAAUACUUGAAAUUUCUUCGAAAGCAUGCACUGUUAGUUGCGACCAACGGCGCAGGUUUAGUAUCGUCGACGACAGCAGCCGCUGUUGUUGUGACUGGCAAUUCGCCAGAUGAAAAACAGCGGAACAGUGAACAGCAUUCAUCGAUUUUAUUAUACGAUCGGCCAAUAAUGAAACAGCCACCGAUUCCAGCCAAACGAUCCGGUUAUCGAUAUAAUUUUGAUUACGAACAGACAAGUGAUCUUCGUUUUAUCUAUCAACAAUUGAAAUGUUUAACAAACAAUGUUGCACAAUUGAAGAAUCCUAAUCGACGAGACAAUGACGUGGACGAGAUUUAUCUCUCAGCGGAUCAAUCCGAAACGAAAAAACAGCCGUCACAAGUAACUUGUACAUUUCACAAUAUGCCAACCAUCCAACGUCGAUAG